GGCCCGGGGGCGCGCCGGCUACCACGCUGCGCCAGCUCCGGGUAGUUUCCUAGAAACAUGAUUGUUUGUUCGACUUGAUCUCACAGCCUCGUGAGGACUUCUUUACUGAUAAUGUCAAGUUCAGGUUAUCCUCCCAACCAAGGAGCAUUCAGCACAGAACAAAGUCGUUAUCCUUCCCACUCUGUUCAGUACACUUUUCCCAACACCCGGCACCAGCAGUACUCCCUCCAUAUCUGCAGGGGAUGUUACCAGACUGCUUCAUGUUGGGGGCUGGCCCUGCUCCACCACUGUCAGGGACAUUUCGAGUGUCAGGUGACCUCCAGGUUCCUGAUUCAUUUAGGAGAAAUUUCAAGACGCAUACAGGUGAAAGUGAGAGUGGUUUCCUAGAAACAUGAUUGUUUGUUGGACUUGAUCUCACAGCCUCGUGAGGACUUCUUUACUGAUAAUGUCAAGUUCAGGUUAUCCUCCCAACCAAGGAGCAUUCAGCACAGAACAAAGUCGUUAUCCUUCCCACUCUGUUCAAUACACCUUUCCCAACACCCGGCACCAGCAGGAAUUUGCAGUCCCUGAUUAUCGUUCUUCUCAUCUUGAAGUCAGUCAAGCAUCACAGCUUUUGCAGCAACAACAGCAACAACAGCUUCGCAGACGACCUUCGUUGCUUUCAGAAUUUCACCCAGGUUCUGACAGGCCUCAAGAAAGGAGACCUGGAUAUGAACAGUUUCACCCAGGCCCGUCCCCAGUGGAUCAUGAUUCACUGGAGUCCAAGCGACCACGUUUGGAGCAGGUUUCGGAUUCCCAUUUCCAGCGUGUCAGUGCUGCGGUUUUACCUUUAGUGCACAUGCUGCCAGAAGGGUUGAGGUCUUCUGCAGAUUCGAAGAAGGAUACAUUUGGAGGCAAACAUGAAGCUCCAUCCUCUCCAAUCUCGGGGCAACCAUGUGGAGAUGAUCAAAAUGCUUCACCUUCAAAGCUUUCAAAGGAAGAGUUAAUACAGAGUAUGGAUCGUGUAGAUCGAGAAAUUGCGAAAGUAGAGCAGCAGAUCCUUAAACUGAAAAAGAAGCAACAACAGCUUGAAGAAGAAGCAGCUAAACCUCCUGAGCCAGAGAAGCCUGUGUCCCCUCCUCCUGUGGAACAGAAACACCGCAGUAUUGUCCAAAUUAUUUAUGAUGAGAAUCGGAAAAAAGCAGAAGAAGCUCAUAAAAUAUUUGAAGGUCUUGGCCCAAAAGUUGAACUGCCACUCUAUAACCAGCCAUCUGAUACCAAGGUGUACCAUGAGAACAUCAAAACUGGAGUACCUGCAAGGCGCAUGAUGAAAGUGGAUUGUGUCAUUUCUGUGGCUGAAGAAAAUCUUCUGUUUAAAGCAGAAGUCCCUUCUCUCUGUUGUAUACAUUCUCAUGGAAGGGAGGUCAGCACCAAUCCUGAGGCAGGGAGAAACCAGGUGAUGAGGAAAAAACUCAUUUUAUUUUUUAAAAGAAGAAAUCAUGCAAGAAAACAAAGGGAACAAAAAAUCUGCCAACGUUAUGAUCAACUCAUGGAGGCAUGGGAGAAAAAAGUGGACAGAAUAGAAAAUAAUCCUCGGAGGAAAGCUAAAGAAAGCAAAACAAGGGAGUACUAUGAAAAGCAGUUUCCAGAAAUUCGAAAACAAAGAGAACAGCAAGAAAGAUUUCAACGAGUUGGGCAGAGGGGAGCUGGUCUUUCAGCCACUAUUGCUAGAAGUGAACAUGAGAUUUCUGAGAUUAUUGAUGGGCUCUCUGAGCAGGAGAAUAAUGAGAAACAAAUGCGGCAGCUCUCUGUGAUUCCACCUAUGAUGUUUGAUGCAGAACAAAGACGGGUCAAGUUCAUUAAUAUGAAUGGGCUUAUGGAGGACCCCAUGAAGGUUUAUAAAGAUAGGCAGUUUAUGAAUGUUUGGACUGACCAUGAGAAGGAGAUCUUUAAGGACAAGUUUAUCCAGCAUCCAAAAAACUUUGGACUAAUUGCAUCCUAUUUGGAAAGAAAGAGUGUUCCUGAUUGUGUUUUAUAUUACUACUUAACCAAGAAAAAUGAGAAUUAUAAAGCCCUAGUUAGAAGGAAUUAUGGAAAACGCAGAGGAAGAAAUCAGCAGCAAAUUGCCCGACCAUCACAAGAAGAAAAAGUAGAAGAAAAAGAAGAAGAAAAAGCAGAAAAGAAAGAAGAGGAAAAAAAAGAUGAAGAAGAAAAGGAUGAAAAGGAGGACUCUAAAGACAAUACCAAGGAAAAGGACAAGACAGAAAGUACAACAGAAGAAACUGAGGAGAGAGAGCAGGCCAUACCCCGGGGACGAAAGACCGCCAAUAGUCAGGGCCGCCGGAAGGGCCGGAUUACCAGGUCCAUGACAAAUGAAGCCGCUGCUGCCAGUGCUGCAGCUGCAGCAGCCACCGAGGAGCCCCCUCCACCUCUGCCACCACCCCCUGAACCCAUUUCUACAGAGCCUGUGGAAACCUCUCGAUGGACAGAAGAAGAAAUGGAAGUUGCUAAAAAAGGUCUAGUAGAGCAUGGUCGUAACUGGGCAGCAAUUGCCAAAAUGGUUGGAACUAAAAGUGAGGCUCAAUGUAAAAACUUCUAUUUUAACUAUAAAAGGAGACACAAUCUUGACAACCUCUUGCAGCAGCAUAAACAGAAAACUUCACGAAAACCUCGUGAAGAGCGAGAUGUGUCUCAAUGUGAAAGUGUAGCUUCCACUGUUUCUGCUCAGGAAGAUGAAGAUAUUGAAGCUUCCAAUGAAGAAGAAAAUCCAGAAGACAGUGAAGGUGCUGAAAAUAGUUCUGAUACAGAAAGUGCUCCUUCUCCUUCACCAGUUGAAGCUGUGAAGCCCAGCGAAGAUAGCACUGAAAAUUCGACUUCUCAUGGAAACACUGAGUCUGCAAUUGAGCACGAGUGUACCACUGAAACUGCUCCCAGUGCAUCUCCUUCUUCAUCAGUUCCAAGUACAAAACCAACUGAGAAUGAAAGUGUGGAGACCCAGGUGAAUAACAGUGUCACUGUUGAGACAGCAGAGCCAAUGGAUAUUGAACAUCAGGAGCACAGUGCUGAAGUGACUUCUGUUCUUGAUCUCCCCACGACUACCAAAGCAGACUCUGUAGAUGUUGAAAUGGGGGUGCCAGAAAACAGUACAUCUCAAGUUGAAGGUGAUACCAAAGAAAGAGACCUGGAGAGAGCCAUUGAGAAGACAGAGCCUGGAGAUGAUUUGGUGGUGGCUCAGCAAAUAAAUGUACAAAGGCCUGAGCCCCCAUCAGACAACGAUUCCAGUGCCACCUGCAGUGCUGAUGAAGAUGUGGAUGGAGAGCCAGAGAGACAGAGAAUGUUUCCUAUGGACUCAAAGCCUUCAAUGUUAAACCCCCCUGGAUCUAUACUGGUCUCAUCCCCAAUGAAACCAAAUCCACUGGACCUGCCACAGCUUCAGCAUCGAGCUGCUGUUAUCCCACCAAUGGUGUCCUGCACCCCAUGUAAUAUACCAAUUGGAACCCCAGUGAGCGGCUAUGCCCUCUUCCAGCGACACAUUAAAGCAGUGCAUGAGUCAGCACUCCUGGAAGAGCAGAGGCAGAGGCAAGAACAGAUAGAUUUGGAAUGUAGAAGUUCUACAAGUCCAUGUGGCACUUCCAAGAGUCCAAAGAGAGAAUGGGAUGGAAAAUCAGUCGCCUAUAUGCCUUAUGCUGAGGUCAAACGUGCUCUAGAACAGGAAGCACAGAUGUACAAUACUGCAGCAAGGUCAGCAUCACCGUGUAGGCUCUCUCCAAGAGAGUUCAGUAAAGCCGCUCCACAGCCUGAUAUGAGUACAGCCUGCUAUAGUGUCCCGCCAGUCCUCCAGCCUGCUCCACAUCAAGUGAUAACUAAUCUCCCUGAAGGGGUUCGGCUUCCAACAACUCGACCCACUAGGCCACCUCCUCCUCUCAUCCCAUCAUCCAAAACCACAGUCUCUUCAGAAAAACCAUCUUUUAUACUGGGAGGCUCCAUUUCACAGGGAACACCUGGCACUUAUUUGACUUCUCAUAAUCAGGCUUCCUACACUCAAGAAACAACUAAGCCCUCAGUGGGCUCUAUUUCUCUUGGACUGCCACGGCAACAGGAAUCUGCCAAAUCAGCUGCUGUGCCGUAUAUCAAGCAGGAAGAAUUUUCUCCUCGAAGCCAAAACUCACAACCUGAGGGUUUAUUGGUCAGGGCACAACAUGAAGGAGUGGUCAGAGGUACCACAGGAGCCACUCAAGAAGGAAGUAUAACCCGGGGAACUCCAACCAGCAAAAUUUCUGUGGAAAGCAUCCCAUCUCUACGGGGUUCUAUCACUCAGGGUACCCCGGCUCUGUCCCAGGCUGGCAUACCAACUGAGGCUUUGAUGAAGGGACCCAUUUCUAGAAUACCCAUUGAAGAGAGCAGUCCUGAGAAAGGCAGAGAGGAAGCUGCAUCCAAAGGCCAUGUUAUUUAUGAAGGCAAAAGUGGACACAUCUUAUCUUAUGAUAAUAUUAAAAAUGCCCGAGAAGGGACAAGGAGUCCGAGAACAGCUCAUGAAAUCAGUUUAAAAAGAAGCUAUGAAUCAGUGGAAGGAAAUAUAAAGCAAGGGUUGUCAAUGAGGGAGUCUCCUGUAUCAGCACCGUUAGAGGGGCUGAUAUGCCGAGCAUUACCCAGGGGGAGUCCUCAUUCUGACCUCAAAGAAAGAACUGUGCUAUCUGGUUCCAUAAUGCAGGGCACACCAAGAGCAACAACUGAAAGCUUUGAAGAUGGCCUUAAAUAUCCCAAACAGAUUAAAAGGGAGAGUCCUCCCAUACGAGCAUUUGAAGGUGCCAUUACCAAAGGAAAACCAUAUGAUGGCAUUACCACUAUCAAAGAAAUGGGGCGUUCCAUUCAUGAGAUUCCACGACAAGAUAUUCUAACUCAGGAGAGCCGAAAAACUCCAGAAGUGGUCCAGAGCACAAGGCCGAUAAUUGAGGGUUCCAUCUCCCAGGGUACACCAAUAAAGUUUGACAGCAACUCAGGUCAAUCUGCCAUCAAACACAAUGUCAAAUCCUUAAUCACGGGACCUAGCAAACUAGCCCGUGGAAUGCCUCCCCUGGAAAUUGUGCCAGAGAACAUAAAAGUGAUAGAACGGGGGAAAUACGAGGAUGUGAAAGCAGGAGAACAGGUGCGAUCCCGGCAUACUUCUGUGGUAAGCUCUGGUCCCUCGGUGCUUAGAUCAACACUUCAUGAAGCUCCCAAAGCACAGCUGAGCCCAGGGAUUUAUGAUGACACCAGUGCACGGCGAACACCUGUGAGUUAUCAAAACACCAUGUCCAGAGGCUCACCCAUGAUGAAUAGAACUUCUGAUGUUACGAUUUCUUCAAGCAAAUCUAUCAAUCAUGAAAGAAAAUCAACACUGACCCCUACCCAGAGGGAAAGCAUACCCGCGAAGUCUCCAGUCCCUGGGGUGGACCCUGUCCUGAGCCACAGUCCUUUCGACCCUCAUCAUCGGGGAGGCACUACAGGAGAGGGUUACCGGAGCCAUCUUCCCACACAUCUGGAUCCAGCCAUGCCAUUUCACAGGGCUCUAGAUCCCGCAGCUGCUGCUUACCUGUUUCAGAGACAGCUCUCACCAACUCCAGGUUACCCAAGUCAAUAUCAACUUUAUGCAAUGGAAAAUACGAGACAGACCAUCCUGAAUGAUUACAUUACCUCACAGCAGAUGCAAGUGAGCUUGCGCCCAGAUGUGGCCAGAGGACUCUCCCCACGAGAGCAGCAGCUGGGUCUCCCGUAUCCAACGACAAGGGGAAUCAUUGAUCUGACCAAUAUGCCUCCAACAAUUUUAGUGCCUCAUCCAGGGGGAACAAGUACUCCUCCCAUGGACAGAAUCACUUAUAUUCCUGGUACACAGAUUACUUUCCCUCCCAGGUCAUACAACUCUGCUUCGAUGUCUCCAGGACACUCAACACACCUUGCAGCAGCUGCGAGUGCUGAAAGAGAACGUGAAAGGGAGCGGGAGAAGGAGCGGGAGCGGAUCGCUGCAGCCUCCUCGGACCUCUACCUUCGGCCCGGCUCAGAGCAGCCUGGCAGACCUGGCAGUCAUGGAUAUGUUCGCUCCCCAUCCCCUUCAGUAAGAGCUCAGGAGACCAUGUUGCAGCAGAGACCCAGCGUUUUCCAGGGAACCAAUGGAACCAGUGUAAUUACACCUUUGGAUCCAAGUGCUCAGUUACGAAUCAUGCCACUGCCUGCUGGGGGCCCUUCAAUAAGCCAAGGCCUGCCAGCCUCCCGUUACAACACUGCUGCAGAUGCCCUGGCUGCUCUUGUGGAUGCUGCAGCUUCUGCUCCCCAGAUGGAUGUUUCCAAAACAAAAGAGAGUAAGCAUGAAGCUGCCAGGUUAGAAGAAAAUUUGAGAAGCAGGUCAGCAGCAGUUAGUGAACAGCAGCAGCUAGAGCAGAAAACCCUGGAGGUGGAGAAGAGAUCUGUUCAGUGUCUGUACACUUCUUCAGCCUUUCCAAGUGGCAAGCCCCAGCCUCAUUCUUCAGUAGUUUAUUCUGAGGCUGGGAAAGAUAAAGGGCCUCCUCCAAAAUCCAGAUAUGAGGAAGAGCUAAGGACCCGAGGGAAGACUACCAUUACUGCAGCUAACUUCAUAGACGUGAUCAUCACCCGGCAAAUUGCCUCGGACAAGGAUGCAAGGGAACGUGGCUCUCAAAGUUCAGACUCUUCUAGUAGCUUAUCUUCUCACCGGUAUGAAACACCUAGCGAUGCUAUUGAGGUGAUAAGCCCUGCCAAUUCACCUGCCCCGCCUCAGGAGAAACUACAGGCCUAUCAACCAGAGGUUGUUAAGGCAAAUCAAGCAGAAACUGAAGCCACCAGGCAGUAUGAAGGACCAUUACAUCACUACCGGCCACAGCAGGAGUCCCCGUCGCCACAGCAGCAGCUGCCCUCUGCCUCACAGGCCGAGGCGGCGGGGCAGGUGCCCAGGACCCAUCGACUGAUCACACUCGCUGAUCAUAUCUGUCAAAUUAUUACACAAGAUUUUGCUAGAAAUCAAGUUUCUUCACAGCCUCCCCAGCAGCCUCCCACUUCAACAUUCCAAAAUUCACCAUCUCCUUUGGUGUCUACACCUGUGAGGACUAAAACAUCAAAUCAUUACAGCCCAGAAUCCCAGUCUCAGUCUGUCCACCAUCAAAGACCAGGUUCGAGGGUCUCUCCAGAAAAUCUUGCGGACAAAUCCAGAGGAAGGCCUGGAAAAUCCCCAGAGAGGAGUCAUGUCUCUUCAGAACCCUACGAACCCAUCUCCCCGCCCCAAGUUCCAGUUGUGCAUGAGAAACCGGACAGCAUGCUGCUACUGCCUCAGCGAGGAGCCGAGUCUGCAGAGCAGAGGAAUGAUUCCCGCUCACCAGGGAGUAUAAGCUACUUGCCUUCAUUCUUCACCAAGCUUGAAAACACGUCACCCAUGGUUAAAUCAAAGAAGCAGGAGAUUUUUCGUAAGUUGAACUCCUCUGGUGGAGGUGACUCUGAUAUGGCAGCUGCUCAGCCAGGAACUGAGAUCUUUAAUCUGCCAGCAGUCACUACCUCAGGCUCAGUUAGCUCUCGAGGUCAUUCUUUUGCGGAUCCUACCAAUAAUCUCGGUCUGGAAGACAUUAUCAGGAAGGCUCUCAUGGGGAGCUUUGAUGACAAGGUUGAGGAUCAUGGCAUUGUCCUGUCCCAGCCUAUGGGAGUAGUGCCUGGUGGUGCCAACACCUCAGUCGUGACCAGUGGUGAGACGCGGAGAGAAGAAGGGGAACCAUCGCCUCAUUCAGGAGUUUGCAAACCAAAGCUGAUCAGCAAGUCAAACAGCAGGAAAUCUAAAUCUCCUAUCCCUGGGCAAGGAUACUUAGGAACUGAACGGCCCUCUUCAGUCUCCUCUGUGCAUUCGGAAGGAGAUUACCACAGGCAGACUCCAGGGUGGGCCUGGGAAGACAGACCCUCUUCAACAGGCUCAACUCAGUUUCCUUACAACCCUCUGACUAUGCGGAUGCUCAGCAGCACACCACCAACACCGAUCGCGUGCGCCCCCUCUUCUGUGACCCAGGCAGCUCCGCACCAGCAGAGCAGGAUCUGGGAGCGAGAGCCUGCCCCGCUGCUCUCGGCACAAUACGAGACACUGUCGGACAGUGACGACUGAACUGCGCAGAAAAGGGGUCUUGGUGGGGACAGGGUGUGGAGGAGGGAUCUCUAGUUUUUGGUUUUAUUUUCAAUUGCAGGUCAAAAACCUGCCUUCCCAUGACUUAUGCCCAGAGACUUUUCAGGAGAGCCUGGACCAUGGACGAUGAAGAAAUGAUGGAAUUGCGAAGAGUCUAAUGGAGGAGAAAAAUUGCCUUUGAUACAGGCAGUUCAGUGGAUUAUAAUAAUAGUGGAAGGUUGAAAUGUAGAAUUUUUUAAACGUGGACAAUUCUUGUUCUUACAUCUGUAAAGAAAACCAUGUCUUUAAAUCAGUCAUCUGUAAAUAGAUUAUCUUUUUGCAGUGUUUCCCCUUACUAUAGUAUCUGGUGUACUUAUGUUCAAAUCAGAGCAUCAACUUUGGGGGCAAUUUUUAAAAAUCUUGUCUAUCUUUUUAACCCUUGCCUUCUAAAGAACCUCAUACAGCCCAGUUACAUAAUGUUGGCUGUCACGGGCAUUGUACUUUUAUCCUAUUUUGUUUCCUCUAAAUUCAGGUUCCCAGGUGAUAUUUAAAAUCUUGUGGAAAUGUUUAGCUUUUUAACACAGACGCUGUCAUGAAAUCUGUACAUUAACGUGUUACGGCCAAAAGGUAGAAGAAACAAAAUUCUGCCAUAUUGUAAAUUUCCAGUGCAGGCUUAAAAAAUCUUUUUAAUUAUCAGCACUUAAAAUAUUACUGCAUGGGUAUGUUUUAGUUCAGUUUUUAAAGUUUUAAAGGCUUAUUUGAGGCAUACCUCACUGUUAUGCACACUGGCAGUUUUAACCAUGCCCGAGUAUUCUUUUUCUUCUGCAUUUGAUGCAGUACAACAAAGCUUUUCUUUUGAAAUAAAUUUGACUGCCCUGUCCA